CUACAGCUUCAACCACUACUACAAGUAUGUUUGGAAAUUCUGCAACAUCCACCACUAGUCCGAGUAUGUUUGGAAACCCCACGGCUUCAACCACUACGCCAAGUCUGUUUGGUAAUCCUACGGCUUCAAGCACUACUCCAAGUUUGUUUGGAAACCCUACUGCUUCUUCAGAUAAACCGGUCUUCGGAAACCCUGCUGGUUCUUCCUCUGCAUUUAUCUUUAACACUGGUACUUCUUCGACAAUUAAUACAAACACCGCCGUGAGCACGCCUCCUACGUUCAACUUCACUGUUUCGGCACCUCAAGUGGCCACGAAGGACGAUGAUCAAAAGAGAUGAUAAAGGAUCGUGUAGCUUUACUUGAUAUUCUUUUUUUUCCCAAAAACCUGUCUUUUCAUUUUCAUUUUCAUUAAAUUUCUUUCAAGGAGUUGAUAGUCAUAUAAAAUUGGUACUUUUUCUUUACAAAAUAAACUCCAGUUUUUAGCUUUACGGUUAGAUAGUUUAUUAAUGGCGGCCAUGCAUUAAAAUUUGUGAAAAGUUUAAAACAUUAUUUUGGAUGUGUUACAGGCAUGUGUGUUGUGAUGAUUUUGUUUUUUUUGUUCAAAGAGGAGAUCAGGGAUGAUAUGUAGAUAAGAAUGAAUAGAUACAUAUAGAGCUAAAGUCAUCAUUACAAUAUAGGAUUCAUUCAUUUUUAUGAU